GGGAUAAGACAUUGGAGCAGCCUCCAAGGGAGAAACCCAGCAGGGACAGACCAGCUGCUGCCAUGCAAGGACUUCACUGCCUCACGGACACCCUGUCCCCCUAUCUUCCCUGAAGCUGCCCCUUACCCUGGCACAGAGACCGCCCAGGUGCCCCCAACGCCACAACCUCUGGAAGCUACCAAGGGCCCAUCUCAACAGAGAUGCUGAUCCUGAGCUGCUCCUCCAAGCUGCAGCUGCUGGAGGCGACACUACAGAGGCUCCUGCCUGAGACAUUGCAGGUUCUCAGUGUCGUGAUGAACAUAAACCGCGGGAACCCGGCUGGACAUGAGGUGCUGGUGGACACAUGGCCCGAGUUCAAAGCCAUCCUCACCCGGCCGCACAGAGAGCAGGUGGCAUCGGACGACGCUGAUUUCUACACCAACACAUACGCAGCGUUCUACCGGGAUCUAGGCGCCAACCGGGCCCUGCUGGGCAGUGCCGUCAACUGGGGCCAGGCCUUCUGCAUCCUCGGGCUCCAGAAUGGGGUGUACGAGGCCUCCAGGGACAUCGCCAAGGCUAAGGCAGUCCAGCUGGAAGCAUCCCGCUACUUCACCUACCUCCACCCAGAUCCCAGCACCAUGCCCGAGAUCCGACUGGACCCGUCUGUGAGGCUGUCAUCCCUGGAUGUUUCCCACGCCGACUUGCUGAAUGAGACGUGGGCCUUUGGGGGGAACGACAACAGAAGGAGGUACCUGGCCAACCUGAUCCGCCACUUCCCCAGUGUCUGCCUCCUGGACGCUGCUGGAUGCCCUGUCAGCUGGAUCAUUACAGACCCGUUUGGCAUCAUGACUCACGGCUACACCCUCCCCCAGCACCGGGGACGCGGCUACAUCCAGGUGCUGCUGAAUGUCAUGGCCAAGCAGAUGCACGCAUGGGGCUAUCCCAGCUAUGGCCACGUGGCCGUGGACAACUACCCCAUGCAGAGGCUGCAGGAGAGGCAGGGCUUCCAGUGCCAGCUCAAUUGGUGCCACUUCAUCCUCCACAACACAGCACUGCAUAGAACCCCCACGUUAACCCCCAGCCCAGCAGCAGGCAUAGCCCCCGCAUGAGUCCCCAGCCCAGCCACCCAGGGGACCUGCCAGGCUGGGGCUAAAGGAAGCCAAGGGAGGGUGUGGGGGAGUCUGGGGAUCAGUGUUAUGCCCAGUGGAACCAGUAACAUCUCCCAGCGCCAGCCUCACAUGGGGCCUGCUACCUGCAGCCCCAAAGGCCUUGCCCUCCCCGAUGAUACUCAUCUUUAGAGGGUCUGUCCUACUCUCCUAAGUACCAUAACCUGCUCUCCUUGGUGGACCCUACCCCCCAAGACCUGUACGCGCAGCACCCCCAUCCCACUUCCCCUACACUGCCCCAUCCCAGUUCCUCUUCCAGACACGCCAGCAAUGGAUCAAUGAUCUUCCACUUAAUCAAGUUACAUGCUCACCCUCCUCCUGCAUCUGCUCUGCUCCUUCUCCCCUGCUUUCCCUGGGACAUCCUGCUCAGCCUAUUGCAUCUCUAACUCCGCCAGUCAGUGUGUCACCCUCCCCACACCCUGACAGAGACAUCUCCCGAUCUCCCUCUCCCCCGCUUCUCUGGGGCUUGUCACGUUUCUCGCCAUUGCAGUCUGCUCUCAUCAGCUCCUUUUGCCACUCCUGGACAAUACAAAUGGUAGCAGCUUUAAACGGGGCAGGAGGGGCUGUGCAAUAGGUCCCCAUUCAGCAACAUCUCCUUGAGCACAACGGGCCAGGCAUGAUGUUUCUAACACACAAUACCUGUUCCGUAUUGAUACUAACCAGCCCGAAAAUGUUCCCAUGCCAAGGACUCCCUCAAGGGCCAGUCUGUCUCAGUAACUCAUGGGUUAAAUACCUCCUGGGGAUGUUGAUUAUCCUCAAACCAAACUUCACUAUCCCCAAAGAUUCCCGGCCUGAGGUCACACUCAAAACCAAUCCAGAUGUGUUAAAUUCAGCACCACACAGCCAAGACACCCAAAUCCCCUUAACUCCACCCACCGGCAUUGACUGAUAGCAGGAAGCGUUUGGGGCUUUGUGAUCCCAGCUGCAAUUAAAUUGAUUGUU